CGACCAACCGGCUGGAAGGGGCCAGUUUUACAUGCUGGAACUUACUAAAGGCUUUGUAAGAAUAUACUCAAAUACAGAUGGACAGGUCUCCAUGAAGCUCCGCAGCCUGGACAGCGACCAGACUCAAACCAGAACCCGUAAGACACAGAAGUUCUGCAAUCAGAAAGGCUAACGUCAUGCUCUCAGAGGUUUCUAGCAGAAGGUAUGGCCCAGGUUGAAGGUAUGUCUUCCUGACUCAAGAUCUGGAUCAAAGAUGUGUAUCUUCCUACCUGGAAGGUGAGGACUAAAAGUGGAUUCACCCACUUAAAACCAAAGGGAAAAACAAAAACUCUCACAGGUAUGCCCUCCAUUUCUGAAUUAUAGUUCAUUCUAGAUGCAAUCAAGGUAACAACCAAUAAUAGCCACCACAAAAAAUUUAAUCUUUUUUCUAGAUUUCAAAAAAUUUUAAUAUCAUACUUCAAUAACUCAUCAUCUUCAUCACCACCACCACCAUCAUCAUCAGUGCAGAGGAUUGAACCCAGGGUGUUCUACCAAUGGGAAAUGUCCCAGACCCAGAGAAAGCUGGUCAAUUUCAAGGUUGAUCACAUGGCACCAGUUCCAGCAACUCCACUCUGGUUUGGUCAGGUCAAACAAGGGCUUGCCAUGAACACUGCUUCACCACCUCAAACUUGUUUCCGUAUUUCCUCAGAUGGGAACUUCCCCCAGCACCCUGAACUCGCUCAGCAUCUCUUUCUCCAUCCAGUGACUCCAUGGCUCUUAUCAUCAUCCACGCGGGAAUGCUUUGAAGCAGUUCUAUCGUUUUCAAACCAAAACUCCAUUUUAAGUUCUUCCACCUGCUAGCUAUGUGGUCCAAGGUUGAACCAUAUUCCUUUGCAUGGGCCAGGCAGCAACAUCCCAUCAUGGAGAAGAGGAGCUCAUGGGGCCCCACCCAUCCCUGAAGAUUUAUAAUACAAGUGAACAGGUAGAUGGCAGAGAGAGACGUUUUCUUCUGAAGAGUAGCCACUGGAAGGAGCCAUGGCUCUGGACGGGAUAAGGAUGCCAGAUGGCUGCUACGCGGACGGGACGUGGGAACUGAGCGUCCAUGUCACGGAUCUGAACCGUGAUGUCACCCUGAGAGUGACCGGGGAGGUGCACAUCGGAGGGGUGAUGCUGAAGUUGGUGGAAAAACUCGAUGUAAAAAAAGAUUGGUCUGACCAUGCUCUCUGGUGGGAAAAGAAGCGGACUUGGCUGCUUAAGACACACUGGACCUUGGAUAAGUAUGGUAUCCAGGCAGACGCCAAGCUUCAGUUCACCCCACAGCACAAACUGCUCCGCCUGCAGCUUCCCAACAUGAAGUAUGUGAAGGUGAAAGUGAACUUCUCUGACCGAGUCUUCAAAGCUGUGUCUGACAUCUGCAAGACUUUCAAUAUAAGACACCCUGAAGAACUUUCUCUCUUAAAAAAACCCAGAGAUCCUACAAAGAAAAAAAAGAAAAAGCUAGAUGACCAGUCUGAAGACGAAGCGCUGGAGUUGGAAGGACCACUGAUCAUGCCUGGAUCAGGCACCGAUGUUCUUUACAUUGGCCCUCUGAAAGGAAGCAUAUAUUCAAGCCCCGGACUUUAUAGUAAAACAAUGACCCCUACUUACGACGCUCAUGAUGGAAGCCCCUUGUCACCAACUUCUGCCUGGUUUGGUGACAGUGCCCUGUCAGAAGGCAAUCCCGGGAUACUUGCUGUCAGUCAGCCAGUAACAUCACCAGAAAUACUGGCAAAAAUGUUCAAGCCUCAAGCUCUUCUUGAUAAAGCAAAAACCAACCAAGGGUGGCUCGAUUCCUCAAGAUCUCUAAUGGAGCAGGAUGUGAAGGAGAACGAGGCCUUGCUGCUCCGAUUCAAGUAUUACAGCUUUUUUGAUUUGAACCCAAAGUAUGAUGCCAUCAGAAUCAAUCAGCUUUACGAGCAGGCCAAGUGGGCUCUUCUCCUGGAAGAGAUUGAAUGCACGGAAGAAGAGAUGAUGAUGUUCGCAGCCUUGCAGUAUCAUAUCAAUAAGCUGUCAAUCAUGACAUCAGAAAAUCACUUAAACAACAGUGACAAAGAAGUUGAUGAAGUUGAUGCGGCCCUUUCUGACCUGGAGAUCACUUUGGAAGGCGGGAAAACAUCAACAAUUCUGGGUGACAUUACUUCAAUCCCAGAACUUGCUGACUAUAUUAAAGUUUUCAAGCCUAAGAAGCUGACUUUAAAGGGGUACAAGCAGUACUGGUGCACUUUCAAAGACACGUCCAUCUCCUGCUACAAGAGCCGAGAAGAGUCCAGUGGUACACCUGCUCAUCAGAUGAACCUCAGAGGAUGUGAAGUUACCCCAGAUGUGAACAUUUCAGGCCAGAAAUUUAACAUAAAACUCCUAAUUCCGGUUGCAGAGGGCAUGAAUGAGAUCUGGCUUCGUUGUGACAAUGAAAAGCAGUAUGCACAUUGGAUGGCAGCUUGCAGAUUAGCCUCCAAAGGCAAGACCAUGGCAGACAGUUCUUACAACUUAGAAGUUCAGAAUAUUCUUUCCUUCCUGAAGAUGCAGCAUCUGAACCCAGAUCCCCAGCUAAUCCCUGACCAGAUUACAACCGAUAUCAAUCCCGAGUGUCUAGUGUCCCCUCGAUACCUAAAGAAGUAUAAGAACAAACAGAUAACAGCACGGAUCUUGGAGGCCCAUCAGAAUGUAGCCCAGAUGAGUCUGAUUGAAGCCAAGAUGAGAUUUAUUCAAGCUUGGCAGUCUCUGCCUGAGUUCGGCAUCACACACUUCAUCGCGAGAUUUCAAGGCGGCAAGAGAGAAGAACUUAUUGGAAUUGCAUACAACAGAUUGAUUCGGAUGGACGCCAGCACAGGAGAUGCCAUCAAAACAUGGCGGUUCAGCAACAUGAAGCAGUGGAACGUCAACUGGGAGAUCAAAAUGGUCACUGUAGAGUUUGCAGACGAGGUCCGGUUGUCCUUCAUCUGUACCGAAGUAGACUGCAAGGUGGUCCAUGAGUUCAUUGGUGGUUACAUAUUUCUCUCAACUCGCGCAAAAGACCAAAACGAGAGCUUAGAUGAGGAGAUGUUCUACAAACUCACCAGUGGUUGGGUGUAAAUAGGAAAACUGUAAUGAAACUCCACAGCCAUAACAAUAUUUAACUUUAAAGCUAUUGUUUCUUAUAUGCUGCUUAAUAAAGUAAGCUUGAACGUUAUCAUUUUAUCAUGAAACCUUUUUGCCUUACCAGACCGGUUAAUAUGUGCACUAACAAGCACGAUUGUUAAUCUGCUGCCUACCUUGAUGCCGUAUGUGAACUGUGGAAUACCCAACAGUCCGUAGGGCCACAAACUGAAUGAAAGCUGAAGUAGUGGGUGAAUCAGGAACCAGCUGUCACUGACUGGCAGUAGACAAACUUAAGAAACAAGCCAUCUACUACCAAGCUACCCAGGGCAUACAUAUAACCUAUAUGAAGUCUAUUUAUCAUGUGUAAUGCAUGUGUUUAAGUUUAAUUGAUGCCCUCUUUUAAAAUAUCGUACUUCUGGUACCCAGUUAAUCCCCUCUCCCAAUAUAAAAAUCGGGUCUGCAAUAGAUGCUUGGUAUUUGAUGAUGCCAUUGACCUUGAAGGAAACACUGUUAACCUGUUGUUAUCCAGUGUGUUUUGUCCUUGAGUAAGCAUGUUGUACAUUGUUUUGUGUUUAUUUUUACACCAAACUGUAUUACAAUACUCUUAGUAUUCACCAGCAUAUUCACUAUCUGCCUAAGAUAUGCGACCUUUGUGUUACAAUAUGAAGUAAAGAUCUAUGAAGUAUGCAUUCUGUGUAACUAAUGUACAAACACAAAUUUUAUAAAAUUGUACAGUUUUUUUUUAAAAAAAAACUAUUCACAACUAGGAAAUGGCUUAAAUGUAGCAUCCUUGCAUUAAUUAAAUGCUUUUAAGGUAUAUAAUUAAUAUGCAGUUUCAGUAUCUGCUAAAUUACAAAUGACUUCAUGAUGCUCGUGACUUGCCGUGAUGCCCUUAACUACAGCCUGGACCGGCUGUGUUCUAGUCUGUUGCGCUGUUACAUCUGCGUUGGUGCUAGUUAGACAAUUCCUAGCUCACGAGCCCAGAAGGGCACCAGGGAGGGGUGGACUUACCAGUAUUGUCCAAUAAUCCAUGAAUUAAAGACUGUAUAAAUGCAUUUUAUUUUAAAUAAAAGAAAAACCUUUUAUUUAAA